CGAUAACUGUUAUGGGUGAACCGGUUGACUAUUUACUCGCCGGUGAAAGCCAAAAGAUUCCAAUAGAACACGUAGACGAAGGUGUGUCACGUGUUGCUUCGCCCGAAACUUGUAUUAUCCCUGGUGUUCAUGAUGACUCUAUGACAGUUGAUAAUAGUCAACAUGAUCAUCAAAAUUUCACUUCAUUAUAUUCCAUUCUUCCAAACUCUUCGUCAGCAAAUAAUAGUUCCACUGCCCUGCCCGAUCAAGUUGAAAAACCUGCUACAAGUUCAAAUUCUUCAAAUGAUUUCAUGUUGAAUUCUAGGCAUAGUUCUGAUUUAGUACCCGCUUUUGAAAGGGCAAAGCAAAACGCAGUCAAAAAAGAUGUUUGUAGACUUGACUCUUUGAAGAAACGGGCUAUUGACGAAGAAGAUUUUGACAAUGCUGAUAAAUAUAAGACAUACAUAUGUAGCUAUUUAGAAGAAGAAGGUCUUGAUCUUGAUGAGUCGGGCGAAGUAAUUGUUUUGGAUUCUUUAGAUCCGGAAUUGGCUGACAUAAUUGGAUUGGCUGAAGAUUCAUCUGAGAAUUACUAUAAAUCUCACAAUGAAUACACUCCUUAUGUACCUGUACCUGGUGUACCUGGUGUGCCCUCUGGAGGGGUUUAUCAAGACAAACAUCAUAUCCCAGUUGGUUAUGUAGAUGUUUCACAGCGUCAGAAAAGUCGAUCAAGCAGUAAUUCUUCCACAACUCGAAUGUCCGGCUCUGUUGUUGUUCAAUCACCUCCAUCUUUACGUAUUCCGAUAAAUCAAACUGAUAGUAGUAGUUUUCCAAUGGAUAGACCUCAUCAUCCUGAACCUAUAAGUCCUACUACUACUCAUCCAACUACUCCAACUCCAACGAUUGAUAUUCCUAUAGUUUCUGUUGAUGAUCGUCCUUUACCUGCUUUAUCGAAAGUUAAUCCUAAUCCUCCUAUACCUACAUCUCCUUUAAGUGAUCUUAAUGAUAAUCAACCUGAAGAACUUACUGAUUUAGCACGUACUGCUUUUGAUAUUCCAAUACAAUAUUUUGGAGAAUAUGAUAUUGCUUGUCUUUUAUCGAAAAAGUUUCCUUUACGUGAAUCUGCUUUAGCUAAUGUUACUAAUAGAAUUGAUGUAGAUCUUGGUAAUGGUAAAGAAAUCGAAGGAAAUGAUAAAAUUGGAAUAAUAAAAGCAACAUUCCAAAUUAUACAAGAAGCUCUGAAUGAUAAUCCUGAAAAACUUACCUUACAAGCAUUAAAUCUUUGGGAAACACUUACCAAAUUCUGUGUUCAUCAUCAAGUACCAACAUCAACCACAUGGAAAUUUGUUGAUAAAACAUUCGGGCAAUUAUUUGGAAAAGUAUCGGAUUCAAAUUCACGUAUAAAACAAAAUGCAAUAAAUUUAUUCAUCUUACUUGCAAAAACAUAUCAUGGACCAAUUCAUUCGAUAACUUUAUUGGUUCUUAAACCGGCUAAAUUUAAUAAUCAACCUCCAAAACAAUCAAAAGCUAAAGUUGAACUUGUUACAAGAUUGGUGGAAGAAUUUGGUAUUGCUUUGGAUUCUCCAAAAGGAAAAUGUGAUAAAGAUCUUGUUUCCGUAUCUUACUUAAAUAAUAAUAACGGUGAAGUACGUGAUUCUGCCGUAAAACUUGUAGUUGAAGUUGUUAAACGUGUUGGUCGAGAAAAGGUUGAACCUUUCAUUAGCGAUAUAAAACCUAUACUUUUGGAGAAUAUUUGGAAUUUAGUUACUGAAUAUGAAGAAACUACUGGAAGAAUAGCAGGCCAAGUUCUUUCUCCUCCACCAUCACCUAAGGUUGCUGCUACUACCAUUAUAGAGAAAGAAAAGCAAGAUAUUGAAGAUUUAGAAGUUAAUGAAGAAUUAUUAAAAACUCCACGAGCUAAACGUGGAACUGUAACACGACUUGAACAAGAAUUAAUGGAAUUAAAAUCAAGGUUUAACAAUGCAAAUAAUUUGAUCAAGGAGGAUUAUAGUACAUAUAUUGCAAAUGCUUCCAAAAAAGUUCAAGCACCUGAAGAAAUAGAAGAGUUAACCGAACAAGAGUUAAGAGAAUUAGAAGAAUUAGAAGCUGAAGAAGAAGAAUUACGUAAAAAUUCUCAAAAUGUAGAAAAUGUAGAAACUGUCCCUGAAAUUCCACCAAAAAGUAAAGUUCUUACAAAAGGUCCUACAAGAACCGUAAAUAAAACAUCAUCAUCUACUUCUGGAAAACAAAGUACAAAGAAAUCAAAAAGUGAGACUGUAACACCAAAAAAAACUUUAAAAAGUACUCCUAACUCUAAAAGUACUCCAUCUCGACGUGAGACAACUGAAGAUAAAAAGGUCUUAAGGAAAAACUCUUCUAAAUCAACUGAUGCAACUUUACGUGAAGAACCUGAAGAUAAUGUCCCCUCCGAAUCAAAAGGCGAUAGGUAA